AUGCUACGUGAACACUCAAGUGAGGGUAGUGAAGUAGUUCUAUUCCAGAUGUACUUCCCUGGUUUCAGUUCUGAGAUUGGAGCUUUGCGAGGCAAGUUGAACAUCAAUGGCCUGGACGGCUCAUCGUUUCAGCUCGACGUGGACCAUGCGACCACCGUCCGAGAUCUACGUCGCCUCAUCAAGGACAAGCUGGGCCUCAAGGCGGGCGUCCGGCUGCAGCUCACCUCGGGCGGCCAAGUGCUGGAGGAAUCCCAGAGAUUCUGCACUCAGGAGAUCACCUAUGUGGCUCAGCCCAUUGGGGCGGGUCAAGCGGCAGCGAGUUUGCAGCAAGCACUGGCGGGGACCAGGUCAAGCGCUGAUAGAAGCGAAGACCUGGAGGUGGUGGAAGCACUAGAUUUCGGGGAGAGCUUCAAUGAAAGCCUGGAGCCUGACCUGCUGCCAAAGGGCUUGAAGAGCUUGAGCUUUGGCCUGGCCUUCGACCAAAACCUGUCAGCUCUUCAUUUGCCCGACACCAUCGAGAAGUUGACCUUUGGGACUUGCUUCAACCAAAGUUUGGUUAAGACCAAGUUGCCAAGCAGCCUUGAAGUGUUGACCUUCGGCAAGCGCUAUAAUCAGAGCCUGGCGAAUGUGGAGUGGCCAAGCAAGCUGCACACUUUGACCCUUGGGUCAGCCUUCAACAGAGAUCUUGAGGCAGCAACCCUGCCGGAGAGCCUGCAGAUCUUGGACUUUGGAGAGAUCUUCAACCAGAGCUUGGCAAAGGUUGUGAUGCCCAAGAAUCUGAAGACCUUGACCUUUGGGAAAGAUUACGAUCAGAGUUUGGAAGGCGUGACAUUGCCAAGUCGUCUUCAGACCUUGACCUUUGGCUGGUGUUUCGACCAGAGCUUGGAUGGUGUGAUUCUGCCAGGCAGCCUGCGGACGUUGACCUUCGGCGCGAAGUUCAACCAGAGCUUGGCAGGUGUGACCCUGCCAAGCAGCUUGCAGACUCUGACCUUCGGUGGAGACUUCAACGAAAGCUUGGAAGGUGUCAUGUGGCCAAGCAAUCUGCAGAAUUUGACCUUCGGCACUUGGUUCAACCAAAGCUUAGAAGGUAUCACUCUGCCAGGCAGCCUGCAGACUUUGUCCUUCGCUGGUGCAAGCUUCAACAAGAGUUUGGACAGUUUCAUGCUGCCAAGCAGCUUGCAGGAAAUCCACAUCAAUGACUUCAAAGUGCGCGUUCACACCUCGUGA